GCCGCCAUCUUGCGAGCGCCCCCCCUCAGCCCACCUCCCUCCCCCCCUCACGUGACCCGGUUUGUUGUUGUUGCGGCCUCCGCGGGGCGCGGGCGCCCGCGUGGGCGGUGGCGCGGUCACGUGCCGCCUUUUAAAUCGCUCCCGGGGAGGGGGGAGGGGGCGGCUGCGCGCUGCUGCGCCGGGCGCGAGCGGAGGGGGGCGGCGGUUGCUACUCUCCAAGAUGGCGGACGAGGAGACUCCGCUCCUCCGGCCCCGCCGCGCCGGCCCCGCCGAGAGCGACGAGCCCGUUCUGAAGCGCCAGCGCCUAGACUCGGAAGACGGCGACGGCGGCGGGUGGGGCGCGGCGGCCGCACAACGCCCGGACCGGCCCGUCGCCGCUGUAGCGGCGGAGCCCCCGGGCGAGGAGGAGGAGGAGGAGGAGGCGGCGGCGGCCGUGAUCGCUGAUGGCGGCGGCCGGGCGGAGGAGGAGGACGAGGCGGCGGCGGUGUGGAGCGGCGCGGACAAUAGGGCCGGGCUGCGGGGCCUGCCCCGGGCGGAGCCGCCUCCGCCGCCGCCGCGGCAGCAGCGGGGCCGGGGGGAGGGGGUGGAGGCGGCGCCCGGCGAAGAGGCGGCGGAGGCGGCCGUUGGCUGCAGGCGGGCGCAGUGUUCAAACGGGGCGGCCGAGGCGCCGGCCCCGCACCCCGAUAACUUCCUUUUUAGUGAUGAAAUCAUAGCCAAUGGGUUUCACUCCUGUGAUAGUGAUGAAGACGACAGAGCCUCCCAUGCAAGUUCUAGCGAUUGGACCCCAAGACCACGUAUAGGUCCCUACACUUUUGUUCAGCAGCAUCUCAUGUUAGGUACAGACCCACGGACAAUUCUGAAAGACCUGCUCCCGGAAACAAUCCCUCCGCCUGAACUGGAUGACAUGACACUGUGGCAAAUCGUUAUAAACAUUCUUUCAGAACCACCAAAAAGAAAAAAACGAAAAGAUAUUAAUACUAUUGAUGAUGCUGUGAAACUUUUACAAGAAUGCAGAAAAAUAAUGGUCUUGACUGGAGCUGGGGUGUCUGUGUCUUGUGGAAUACCUGACUUUAGAUCAAGAGAUGGCAUCUAUGCACGCCUUGCUGUAGACUUCCCAGACCUUCCAGAUCCUCAAGCAAUGUUUGAUAUAGAAUACUUCAGAAAGGAUCCCAGGCCGUUUUUUAAGUUUGCAAAGGAAAUCUAUCCAGGACAAUUCCAGCCAUCUCUCUGUCACAAGUUCAUAGCUUUGAUGGAUAAAGAAGGAAAACUACUUCGCAACUAUACUCAGAACAUAGACACAUUGGAACAGGUUGCAGGAAUCCAAAGGAUAAUACAGUGUCAUGGUUCCUUUGCAACAGCUUCCUGCCUGAUCUGUAAAUACAAAGUUGAUUGUGAAGUUGUUCGAGGAGAUAUUUUCAAUCAGGUUGUACCUAGAUGUCCCAGAUGUCCACCUGAUGAACCGCUCGCUAUCAUGAAGCCAGACAUAGUGUUCUUUGGAGAGAACUUACCUGAGCAGUUCCAUCGCGCCAUGAAGUACGACAAAAAUGAAGUUGAUCUCCUUAUUGUCAUUGGGUCUUCACUGAAAGUAAGACCAGUAGCAUUGAUUCCAAGUUCCAUCCCCCAUGAAGUGCCUCAGAUCUUAAUUAAUAGGGAACCUUUGCCUCAUCUACACUUUGAUGUGGAGCUUCUUGGAGACUGUGAUGUUAUUAUUAAUGAGUUAUGUCAAAGGCUAGGUAGCGAAUAUACAAAACUCUGCUACAACUCAGUAAAACUUUCAGAAAUAACAGAAAAGCCUCCACGAACGCACAAGGAGCUCGAAAUGCACUCAUCUGAGCUACCGCCUACCCCUUUAAACAUUUCAGAAGACUCUAGUUCACCAGAAAGAAUGACCCCACCAGAUACUUCGGUGGUGUCUUCAGAACAGCCGGCUGAAUGUAAGGUAGAAAACUGUGACCCUGCCUCAGAAAUUAAAGGGACCUGCACAGAGGAAAAGAUUCAGGACACACAAACAUCAUCAGAAAACCCGGAAAAUCCUACUAGUGAACUAAUGAACUCUGAAACAAUGAAGGAAAAUGGAUCUAACAAUGGAGAAAAUAAAGAAAAAAAUGAAAUAUUGAAGAAGUGCUGGGUAAACAGAUCUGCAAAAGAACAGAUUAGCAAAAGGCUGGAUGGUACUCAGUAUCUAUUUUUACCACCAAAUCGCUAUAUUUUCCACGGGGCUGAGGUAUACUCAGAUUCUGAAGACGAUAUCAUAUCUUCUAGCUCUUGCGGGAGCAGCAGUGAAAGUGGUUCAUGUCGUAGUCAGAGCCUAGAUGUGGAGGAUGAGAGUGAGAUGGAGGAGUUUUACAAUGGCAUAGAGGAUGAGGAUGCUCCAGAAAGGGAAGAGGAAGCUGGAUUCGGGGAGGAUGGAGUUGAACAAGAUGAAUCGGCAGCUGAUGAAUCAGCGUAUACAAGUGAAGCUGCAGGGACUGAUCACCCGAGCAACAAGUUGUAAAGUGAUCACUGACUGGUUACAGGAACUUUCCACCAGCAUUAGGAGCUUUGGCAUGUCAGAAUGAAUGUUUACGUCUGAAUUUAGAGCAACAAAACCAUAAGGAUGUAGUGUUUAUAAACAACUAAAACAGAUUUUCAUGCUUAGUUUUUUACCUUUUUCAAUAAAAUUCUAUUACUGCGCACUCAACACUAACUCAUCUUUUUUUUUAAGGUACUAGGAAUAUCUAAAUAAUUGUCACUAUGUUCACUUUUAAGUUCAUCUGUCUGAUCAGGCAUCCAUGUAUAUAAUACAUAUUUUUGCUUAAUGAAUUUCAGCUUAUAUUAUUUUUAAACAGUUUUGAAAAAGCCAUUGGAAUGUUAAACUAAUAUAAAGGGAACAGCUAAUUUAGACCAAAGAAUGGUAUUUUCACACCUCUUGCUUUGUAACAGUUUGGUUUAUUUAAAAUCUUCUUAUGCUUCUGCUAAACCUUUCAUUUUUGCCUAGUCUGUCAUUAAACACUGGCAUUUUCUAAGACCUACUGUGGCAGCUAAUUUUUUGCUUUAACAGUUACUUUGUAUGUUUGAGACAUACUUAAAUGUGAGUAGAUAGUUAAAUGGAAACAAGACAGUGAGCACUUGAGAAAUCCUGUUUUUUAGACUGAUCAAGAAGCGCUGUGAAAAUGCUUUGGUAACUGAGUUUAAUACUUCCUGUGGACAUGAAGCGACGUUGACAUUGGCUCCUUAGCAAAUAUAAUACUGGCAUUUUGAAGAAAAUGGAUCCCCCGUGGUAGAAGUUUUUCAUGUUGUAUACAAAAGUCAACUAUAGCGCAGCUUGCAUUACAAAUAGCAUUUGACAAAUUGCCAAGGCUCUGCUGUGGAAGCUAGGCUCAGUUCAGAACGGUGUUUCUACCAGCAUGUGAAAAGGCGCAAAAAAAAAAAAUAAGCUCUUCCUUUACACUUACUGAUGCAACAAAACCUGGAGAAACUCACUCAAAUACGGAGAGCGUCUGCUUACACUGCUGAGUGGCUAAAACACAGACUAGGAACCUGAUCUGGAAUCACGCUGUUUUGAGGUCAUGCCUGAGGUUGGGAAAAUAACUUUCCACUUGCUAGCUCCACCUUGCAUAUUAAAAGCAAAGCAGCUACUCAAAGUAUUACAUUGUAUAGUCGAGUGCUAGGCUGCCUUAGAACUGGAUGUUGCGAAUUUUCAAGUGCGGAUUGUUUCCAAGCCUUUAGAACUAUUUUGUAAAAUUGCACAGUGCAGUAGUAAGUGAAACAGCAUUUUUCUAUAAACCACUUUUUCAACAUUGGCCCAAAUGAACUCUACGGUGUAGAUUAUUCAUAUACUUUGCUUUACUAUUUAUUACAUUUUGGAAGAUGUAUAGUAGCUGUUCUUUGAAAAUAAAAUACAUCACUUAAUAAAUAUUUAAGAACAGCCUCCUGUAUUCAUCAGAAAAUGUUGGCAUGUUGUCUCAUUGUCCAAAUUUAAUACAGCUCUUAUUUGGCUACACUAAAGAAUGCAAUAUGUUUAGUUUUCACUUGCAUGUCACAAUGUAUUAGUUUGUGCUAUAGGAGAUAUUUUAAAUUGAAAUACUUGUUUUAAAUUAUUUUUACAGUGAGGAUUGUUUUCUGCUCUUUUAUAUUGUAUAUAGUGUCUUUUAUGUAAUCUACUGGCAUAUGUUUUGUAGAAGACUGUUUAAAAUGACUGGCUAUCUUCCUGCAACUUUUGAAAUACAAAACCAGUGUUUUAUACUCGUACACUCUGUUCUAAAGUCUAUUAAAAUUGUCAUUUGAUUUCUGGUUUCUGUUAAUUUCUAGUUAGAUCUUAAAAACUUAGCAAAAGAUGCCCUAUAAACUCAAGAUGUACCCUAGCUAAUGUAAGGCGUUAUGUAGUAAAUUCCUUUUUUCCAUCUGCCCCCUUGGAAAAAAAAAAAGCCUGACCGAAGCUAGUCUGCACUGUGAUUGGUGAAACGACCUAAACCACAAUGCAAUGGUGUCCUUCAGAAAACUACUUUUCUCCUUCCAAACCCUUGGUUUGCCUCAUGGCUUCCUGGGGGCUGCAGCUGUGCUGACCCCCCCCACACACUGCAAAGAUCCACUCCUGGUGGCCUCCAAGGGCCAGGGCCCAGUUUAACUGGUUUUCUACUAUGUAACACCUGACUAUUUUGAGGAUGCCAUUGUACUUCAAAACCACCAUCAAAUACAUGUUACAUUUGUAGUAGGCAAAAAAUUGUUUACAAGAAUCACACACUUGAGACAUGAAAUAAACUAUUAAGAAUACUAAGAAUUUUUUACACAGUUAAUGUUUCCCUAUCAAUUGCUUAUUACUCUGAAAUGACUUGAAAGCAUUUUUCCUCUAGAAUAAAAGGG